GCACCAAAGCAUUUCUCAAUUGACACUGCAUAUGAACAGACACCCGCAGUGUAGAAUUAUUAAAGGGAGACAAAUGAAUGAACUCUGUAAACUCCCUGAGGCCAUCUACAGAAGAACACAAUUGUACAUUUCUAGCUCUGUCGGGCUACUGUCCUACUAAAGAGAGAUAAUCCCAGACCACUCAAAUUCAGUCAAGGCUCCAGCAGUGCUUAUCUGCAGCUUGACAACGAGGAGAACGACGAAAGCUUGAGAAACGUCAGAGCGAAGAAUCCUUCAUGGUGUCUUUCUGGAGGUGGUGGAUCCAUUAUCGCUCAUUCUUUUUGAUACAGGUUCUGCUAUGACUGUGGAUGAUGGUGUGAGUGGCUGGCCAUUUGGCAUUCCAUAUCAAGAUGAGAAGCGGAAUGCUGCUGGAUUAUGUCCGAGCCCCGCGGGCCAAGUACACCAUGAUGGGGGAAGUGGUUCGCUAUGUCAUCCCUGGACCCUUGCAGUGUUCUAUGGGCUGUGGAGGUCAGGCCUGCAAGUACGAAAACCCGAGUUGCUGGAGUGAGGAAGAUCAGGCCAUCGUGGGCCUGUAUUCCUCAUGGGUUACCGAUGAUCUCCUUGCCAUGUCCAGACCCUCAACAGAGAUCAUAGAAAAGUAUAAAAUUAUAGAUCAAUUCAAAAGAAAUGGCAUAACUACAGUGAUCAACUUGCAGAAGCCCGGGGAACACGCCAGCUGUGGUAACCCCCUUGAGCCCGACAGCGGCUUCUCCUACCGCCCGGAGGUUUUCAUGGCCAAUGAUAUAUAUUUUUACAAUUUUGGCUGGGAAGACUAUGGUGUGUCCAACAACGCAAACAUACUUGACAUGAUGAAAGUCAUGGUGUUUGCGAUGCAGGAGGGGAAAAUAGCAGUCCACUGCCACGCUGGUCUAGGAAGAACAGGGGUAUUGUUAGCUUGUUUCCUGGCCUACGCCUCCAGGAUGACGGCGGACCAGGCCAUCAUCUACGUGCGCGCCAAGCGUCCCAACUCCAUCCAGACCAGAGGUCAGCUGCAGUGUGUCCGGAAGUUCGUCAGGUUUCUCGACCCUCUGAGGAGCGUGUUCUCGUGCGCCUCCCCCCGCUCCUCCCCCUUCACCCUGAGGCAGUUCCUGGUCCGCCAGAGACACAUGCUGCACGGCCUGGAGCGACGCGAGAUGAGACACCUGCCCAAGAUCAUCCAGCUGGUGUCCCGGCUGCUGGUGGACAUCGCCGAGAACCGGGAGGUCAUCGAGGAGGACAUCCUGGAGGCCCCGGACAUCAACGACGUGGAGAUGAGCCUCAGCCUCAUGGAGAAGAUGAGCAUGGAGUACGGACCGGGGGGGCGGCCGCGCCUCCCCGGUCCGCCCACCUUACCCAGGCACGCCAACGAGCCCGCCAUCUUCUACCACCGCAAGAGUCUCAGCUACAGUGACUCGGACCUGAGGCGGCUCGGCCCGGAGCUCAGCUUGCCGGGUCAAGCCUCGUGCUCCCUGUCCACGGGUCACCUCAACAUGGCCUGCAUGAUGCAGCCUGCCCGGCUGGCUUCCCUGGGCCGAGGGCAGAAAGGUUCCAUUUGGGAGCAGAAGAAUCUCACCACCGAGAAUGGCUCCCUCGUGCUGAAAAGGAAAAAGGAGGUCUUUCAUCGCACGGGGUCCUUGGAAAACGACAAGGGAUCGUCCCCCAUCGGCAGCUUGUUGUUCAGGUGGAAGAGGGAGCAGAGAGCCGGGUUGAAGCGGUCCCCUUCUGGAGAUUGCGAGGAGUCAGAGGUCCCCUUCAUCACACUGCAGACAGAGCUCUCUUUGGAAGCUAGGAGGCUACUGGUGGCCCAGGCACUGGCUGUGGAUCUGACCCAGGAUGGUGAAGACCAACACCGGCACACAGUCUCUUUCUGGCAGGCAGAGCUGAACCACGGCGGGGCCUGGGAGAGGCUGUGUAUGGAGAGGGAUCCAUUCAUCUUGACCGGACUGAUGUGGGCUUGGCUGGAACAGCUCAAAGAGCCCGCUAUCGACCGCGAGGCUGCUGAGAGCCUGGACCCCAAAAACACAGACUCCCAGACCGUACUGGAUACGCUGGACCAGGCUCCCAGAAUCACAUUGGUGUGUGUGCUCGACUGCAUGGCCCGUUUGUUGUUGAUACCAGAGGACCUGGAGAACGCCUUCCUGCGACGCACCAUCAAGGCUUUCACAAAGCUGGAAGACGACUCAGAAGGAAAGAGUGUGUACGAGAACAUGGCGGUCGUGCUCAAGUUGGUCCUUUUGGACAUGAGACUGAAAGCCAUUGAAGAGGACGAGGCUGCCAAUGUGUUGCUGUCCAGCAAAUAGCCACUCACAAAUUCUUAUGUUGUGUAGCUUCACACUCAGUUGUGUAAUGACAGGCUGAGACCGUUUCUGUGCCUUGCACCAUAUUGAAUAAUAAUUCAUAAUACUUAGGGCCUUUCAAGCCUUCUUAAACAUUAACUUACAUCAUGAUGGAGUACAGCGAAUGCAUUAAGGACCAAAUCAUAGAGCAGUUUUUUACAGUACAGUAUAUGCCUUAACACUUUGGAGAUACACCGAAAUAUAUCAGCCACAAAAGUACGACAAAUAUAAAUUUGACAGAUUAUCUUGAAGGAUUUACCUUACCAAAAGGCAUUUACAAACAUAAUUAGCCACAAUAUAUAUCAAUGCCUCUUCCAU